UCUCAUUGGGAUUCGUCAAUGAUUUGUGUAAUUGAGUAAUAGUUAGCAUCAGUGUGAGCAAUUCAAGCAUGCCAAGUAGACGAAAACGCAGAGUGCUUAAAAUAAAAAAAGGAAUGAAACAAAAGAGCUACACCAGCGGUCCUGACAUUAGCGCAUCAUUUCACUUUUUUGUGCUACCGAUCCCUGAUAAGAACAUAUAUUACAAACAAUGUAAUCGCCAAAUUAACUAUGAAUGGAGGCGCACUAGAAAAACAGAACUGAACGAAAUAGAUUCAAAAAAAACACUUCCUACUUUCAUUCUAUUAGAGAGUUGUAUUUCAGAUAGAGUGAAAGUUAUUGCGUAUUGCUCAUUAUCAAAGAUACCUUCCUGUGCGCGACGCUGCUUACUUGAGGUGAUCGUUAGAGAUGAUUACUGCUAUUAUCUGAAUAUAGAAUGUAUUUUCAUAGCCACUAAUGAUUAUCUAGUAUUGUGCAUAAAGCUUGGUUACACUUUCUAUUCGUGGAAAAAUGCUUCAAGUCAAAUUUGUUUUGGAGGUAUCAAAAGUCUGAAAAUGAAUAAGAAAAUUUUAAUUACAAGUAAUAUUACAAAAAUGAUUACCCGAGAGCAAGAAAAAUCGAACGAAGAAUUGUAUUACAACCGCCAAAACUGCUAUUAUUAUUACUUCUAUAACACAAAUGAAGAUGAUGAUACAUACUACGAAGAGCGUAAAGAAAAAGUCUGUAGUAAAUUGUACGACCUUGGAGGAAGCUCAGAACGAGAAUAUCAUUUCAGACAUGUAUCGUUAUCACAUGCUCGUACUCGUCGAAGCUUGGUACAUACGAGAAUAUUGAAGAAAGAGCCAUUGGUAAAUGCUGUUGUUCAACAGGUUGGAUUUAAACGCGUCAAACGUGGACUCCGGGCCGCUAUUCCCGCAGUUUUCGUCCCAGAUGCAUCAAACCCUAAUGUUGGUAAUGUUCCAUCGGAUCCAUAUUUUCCAUUGCAAUGGUACCUUCGAAAUACUGGUCAAAAUGGAGGAAAACCUCGUUUGGACUUGAAUGUUCAAGCGGCAUGGGACCAAGGCUUUACUGGAAAAGACGUUACUACCGCAAUUAUGGACGAUGGAGUCGACUAUAUGCAUCCAGAUUUGAAGUUCAAUUAUAACGCGGAAGCAAGCUAUGAUUUCAGCAGCAACGACCCCUAUCCUUACCCUAGAUACACGGAUGACUGGUUUAAUAGCCAUGGAACUCGCUGCGCAGGAGAAGUUGCAGCGGCACGUGAUAAUGGAAUUUGUGGUAUCGGUGUUGCAUAUGACUCGAAGAUUGCUGGAAUUAGAAUGCUUGAUCAACCCUAUAUGACCGAUUUGAUUGAAGCUAAUUCCAUGGGUCACGAACCACACAAGAUCCACAUAUACAGUGCUUCUUGGGGUCCCACGGAUGAUGGAAAAACGGUAGAUGGUCCACGUAAUGCAACCAUGCGUGCAAUUGUCCAAGGAGUAAAUGAAGGUCGCAAUGGUUUAGGUAACAUAUACGUUUGGGCAUCUGGAGACGGCGGUGAAGAAGAUGAUUGCAAUUGUGAUGGAUAUGCUGCCUCCAUGUGGACUAUAUCUAUAAACAGUGCCAUUAAUGACGGCCAAAAUGCUCAUUACGAUGAAAGUUGUAGUUCAACUCUGGCCAGCACAUUUAGCAAUGGGGCUAAAGACCCCAAUACUGGAGUGGCAACUACGGAUCUUUACGGAAAGUGCACUACAACUCACUCUGGAACCAGUGCAGCUGCACCAGAAGCGGCAGGUGUAUUCGCCCUUGCAUUGGAAGCAAACCCAUCCUUGACCUGGCGUGAUAUACAGCAUCUUACGGUACUCACAUCGAAAAGGAAUUCACUCUUUGAUGCAAAAAAUCGUUUUCACUGGACUAUGAAUGGCGUUGGCUUGGAAUUCAAUCAUUUAUUUGGAUUUGGUGUUUUGGAUGCUGGUGCAAUGGUUGGACUAGCAAAAGAAUGGCAUACCGUACCUCCACGAUAUCACUGCGAAGCAGGAGCUAUCUUAGAACCACACGCAAUUCCAUCCGUCGGCUCAUUGAUGUUAAAAAUUCAUACAGAUGUUUGUAGAGGUACUGAUACUGAAGUGCGUUAUCUAGAGCAUGUUCAAGCUGUAAUCACAGCUAACGCUACCAGAAGGGGCGAUUUAGAACUAUUUGUAACUUCACCCAUGGGAACAAGAUCAAUGAUACUGAGUCGUCGAUCUAAUGACGAUGAUUACAGAGAUGGCUUUACAAAAUGGCCAUUUAUGACAACACACACCUGGGGAGAGUAUCCAUCAGGUACCUGGAUGCUGGAGGCAAGAUUCAAUUCUAAACAACCACAAGCUGGAUGGCUGAAAGAAUUCUCCCUUGUUCUUCAUGGCACAAAGGAUCCACCAUACAGAAUGUUAUCUCCCGCUUCGCCACACUCAAAAUUGGCUAUCGUAAAGAAAGCUCACGAAGAUCAAAAGAAAAUAUAAGUAUUUUUUAGCAAAAACUAAUAAAGUACCAGAUUUUCAAAAUAAA